AUGGCCAGUGCGAAAUUUUUUUCGUUUGCAUUGCUCCUCGUCCUCGUCUUAGCAUUGGCAGAUGUUGAAGGAUAUGGGAUAGAAGGAAGUGGUUCGUUGUGUUGCAACACUCACCCGAAAUUUGGGAAGUGCAACCCAAGCAAUGACAAAGAGAGGUGCAACAGUUGGUGUCUCGAUGGAUGCGACAAUGGAAAAGGUGGUUACUGCAAACCUACUAACGGAGGCCAAUGCCACUGUUAUUGUUAAAGAUUCACAGAAGAUGGAAUAAAUAUAUAUGCAUGUGCGUUAAACUAUUACCGAUGUUUAUGUG